AUGCCGCCUUUGCACGUACGUCGUCCCCCUUUCUUCCUCCUAAAGGUUUCUGUUGACGUGAGAGGUCUACACAGUGGCAAUGACUGGACGACCUGGAAGAACAUUGACGGUCAGACAAAGGCUAUACGAAAUCAUUUCAAACUAAAGCACUGGAGACAUUGGCGUGACGUUGUUGUUGCGAAGAAGUUAAAGGGUUGGGAAAGCCUCGGUGAGGAGAGCAUGAUGGGGCUGAAACGAAAUCGCGAGCGAGAGCCAUUCACCCUCGAGGGCUUCUUGGACCGAUUGGCUAAAUGGGUAGUAGUCGACGAUCAGUCGCUCGAUGUUGUUGAUUGCCCCGAGCUCCGUGAUCUCCUUCUUUAUAUUGGGGUAGAGCUCAGCGAUGAUGACAUCCCGCAUCGCACAAAGCUGUCAGAAAUAAUCACAACGAACUUCAAGCAGGAAUAUAUGGCUAUGCUGUUGGAUAUCGAGAACUCAUUGGGACGUGUUUCAUUUACCAGUGACAUCUGGUCUCGCCAGAAUCAGGAAGGUUAUAUGGGAGUCACAGUGCAUUAUCUCGCACGAUGCCCUGCGACUGGCCGCCUUGUCCUUCGCUGCCACCUUGUAGCCUUCCGUCGCAUUCGAGGCAGUCACACGGGCGUCAACAUUGGCCAUGUUUUUAUGCAAGUCUUGAAGGAAAUUCAUUGUGUCGAGAAGAUCUCUGCCAUCACACUCGACAAUGCUGGCAACAACAAUACAAUGAUGGAGCAGCUGUCGGAUGAGCUGGAAUUGUUGGGUAUCCCAUUUGACAAGGACGGGAAUCGGAUUCGAUGCUUCCCACAUGUUAUCAACCUCGCAGUCAAAGCUGGCCUCAAGGAACUUACAGAACUUCCACUAUUUGAUCAAGAUAUUCUUGACCUCGAGGCAAGUGCCCAAUCAACCCCCUCCUUCAGCUCGGAUCCACUUCAGAACAACCCCGAAUACCGAGACGCUCUCGAGAGCGAUGUUGUAGCCUCUGUCCGCAAAUGGGUCACUGCUUGCCGAUCCUCUGGGCAGCGUCGAGAGGAAUUCGAAGAGACACUUCGUAAGUUAAAGACCAUUGAUGCGACAAUGAAGAAAUUGCGGCCGCUUGGCUUAUUAAAGGAUAUGGAUAUACGUUGGUCGUCCACCUUUCGCAUGAUUGACCGCUUUCUUGAGACGCACCCGGUUUCCAAAGAGAUGAUUAAGAACAACCCUGAUCUCUCCCAAUACGAGUUUACUGAGAUGGAGAUCUCUGUUCUUGCAGACAUACGGUACUUUCUUUAUGUUUUUCAUGUGGUCCAGGAGCUUGUUUCCAGAGAGAAGACACCUACCCUGUCACUUGUGCUUCCCAUGUACGAGAAGCUUCUUGUGAUGCUCAAGGACCUCCGUUUGCAAAUUCCGGAACUCUCGCAUGCCAUUAGUGUGUCUAGCACAAAGCUCGAGGAAUAUUUGAACCUAUCUCGUCGGACGAGGAUAUAUGUUCUUGCCAUGGUGAUCAACCCGACUAUCAAAUUCAAGUGGCUCGAAGAGAAUUGGGAUGCCGAUGCUUAUUCAAAUGCAAGAGUGACUGUGUUCAAUGUUCUUCUUGAGUAUCAGCAAGAUAUCCGCAAGCAGACCAAGAACAGUCGGAGGACAGAAUCAGAUACACCACCAUCACCAUCGACUGACUCGCAAUCCCCGCCGCCCAUUUCACGACGGCUCGUGAGCCUCUCCAUGGCCUCGGACGCUGCCCGUGCCCAAGCGAGCGGUUUCGAACGUCUCGAUGAGCUUGCACGCACACUAUCAGCUUCAUCCAUCCCUGCAGCGAGCACUUCUGGCACGAAUGGGUCCUCAAGUGCUGCCAACGAAGACGAGGCAACCAUUUGGCAGCAUGAAGACCUUGAAGAUCGAAGGAUCGUUGAGGCGGCGAUUCGAGCCUAUGAACAGGAGGGCGUUAUUAGCAAAGGCCACCCAAAGAUGAAGGAUUUCGAUCUACUUCGCUUCUGGCAGGCUGAGCAGGGUAAUCAUGCACUCUUUUGGAGGGUCGCAUGCGAUGUCUUACCUGCCCAAGCUUCGGCUGUUCCAUGCGAGAGGGUCUUCUCGUCGAGCAAGGAGACUGACACCAUGCGACGUUCCAAUCUUGAAGAGUUCACAAUGGAAGAGCUUCAGAUUCUGAAACACCGUUACCGAAAUGACCGUAUCAAUUUCACGGAGGGGUUGGUUUGCAGCGAACGCGAGUUGUCGGUCAUUGACAUGGAUCCUAAUGUCAUUGACGAGCUCAUGGCGGCCGGAAAGAUUGACGAACUGAAGGAAUACAUUGACGUGUCUUGGGAGGGUUGGGGAAUGGAGGAAUUUGACUAUGACGACGACGAGGGCAAUAAUUAA